AUGGCGUGCAACCGCACGACGUAUGGCAGCUUGCUGCACAUAUUGGAGACUAACGGCCUUACCGAUCAUGAUACCAUGAGCCGACCUCUAAAAAGGCUCAUAGGCAUCUUGAACUUUGCCUUUCAGUGCCGCCUCGUCACGUCCUUACCUCCCCCUCCUCUUCCACCACCCGGCCAGACCCCAUUGCGCAAAGAUGGAGUGGUGUUUUUUCACGGCGCGGCGCGCUUAGACCUAGCCAGUGGAGGAUCCGGUGCCUUGGUGAUGCAGCGCGAUUACCCGCUUCUUUGCGACUACGACGCACAUUACAUCGCGGGCGCCACCACCAACAUUCAAGCAGAGUACGAUGGCCUGCUUCGCGGCCUCCAGAUGGCACAAACGCGCGGCAACACUCACCUCACGUAUUCGGUGACAGCCAACUUUUGA